CAGGCCUACACGCAAGCGCUGGAGCCCAGCGCUGGAGCACACUACUGUUUUCGACACCUGAGAGCAGCGCGCAAGCCGCAGCGCUGCGAAGAGACGAAUUGAGAUCGUGGAGUGAGGACACCAUGGCAUCCAGAGCUGCAGCUCUCGCAUACCUCGUCCACACGGCUGCAUUCCUCGCGCCGAGGACGCCCACGCAGCGAUGCCCACUUCGUGCGAGCGUCGACGCGCGCGACGCGGGCGGCGAGACGCCGCUCAUCAAGGCCGCCGAGGCGGGAGACUGCGAUGCCGUAGCCAGCCUCUUACAACAAGGCGCCGACGCGACGGCCGAGAGCUACACGCAGUGGACAGCACUACAUGGCGCCGCGGAGGCUGGCUGUGUGGAGUGCCUAAAACUGCUCCUCGGCGCGGGCGCCCGAAGCGACGCGCGGGCGAAGAGCGGCCUGACGCCCGCGGGCAUCGCAAAGAAGUACGGGCGAGACGCGGCGUUCGAGCUGCUCUCCCAGACGCCUCUAGAUACGUACCCCGUUGCGGUGCCCGAGACCGGCGGGAAGAUAAUCAUAACCCCGUGCCCGGGCAAGCGCCAGAGAGACUUAGGUUUGGAUCUCGACCACCUGAAAGGCAUGGGUGCCGAGGCGGUCAUCACCAUGGUCCAGGACCGCGAGCUCGACCUGCUGAGCGUGCGCGACAUCGGUGAAAAGUGCGAGGAGCGCGGCCUCAUCUGGCUCCACUGCCCGAUCCCGGAUUUUGACGGACCGGGGGCCGCCUUCGAGAGGGCCUGGGCGGACGCGGGCCCGCGGGCGCGGGACAUCCUGCGGCGGGGCGGCACGGUCGUGAGCCACUGCCGCGGCGGCAUCGGCCGCGCGGGCACGGUCGCCUCUCGACUACUGAUCGAGCUCGGCGCCGCGACGCCCGACGAAGCGCUACGACGCGUCCGAACGGCGCGGCCCGGCGCCGUCGAGACGUGGGAGCAGGAGCAGCACGUCCUUUCUUGUAGGGCAGUCGAUUAA